UGCAGCUAACACUGUAUGUCUCUGAACCGAUGAAGGGUGUCUCGGGAGACAGUGAUGAAAUACAACAAAACAAUGAAAAGUGUUCCAAUUCUCUCUCUCUCUCUCUCUCUCUCUCUCUCUCUCAUUAUUCAAUACAAGUAACGUCGAUGAGUUGUCGUCAUCCAUGACUUGUCUUUCUAAGACUUGUCGCUUCGGUGAGUUUUACUUUCGAUUAGUUUGGCUUUUGGUGAGUUGUACCUUUCAGUUAGUUGUCGUUCGGUGAGUCUCUUCGGUACCGCACGUAACAUUGACAGACCGACACUGGGUGGAAGUUAAGUCUGGAUUUAGCUGUCUCUGACAAUUGGAUUUAGAACACGUCACUAUGCAUACAGCAACAGAACACCAGUCUGGAAUAAAAAUUGAACGUCCCCAUUCCAAGCCAAAAAUCUUAGAGGAGCUGAUUUCGAUACUUCGGAAGAUCCUCGACUUUUGUGUGUCUUGUGUAACCUGUGGUUGCUGUAACAGGAGUGCUGCAGAGAAAGUACUGUCGGACGAGUACGGAAUGAUUCUACUGGAUAACGAGAAACGGGCCGUAGAAAAUCUAAUAUUAUACCUGAAUAAAGGUGAGAAGACCGAGCCUGUGCUGUCCCGUGAACACAUUAGAGCCUUGAGCAUUCUGUCCUACUCCGAUAAUUACGAUCUUCAGAGGUCCGCUUCACUUUGUAUGCUGGAAAUCAGUGAAAGAAAGCGGACUGAGAUAACAGAAAUCUUGGGGAAACCUUUGGUUGAACUGGUCCGGUGCAAAGAUCUUGAGAUCCAGAAAAAUGCCACGCACACCGUCAGCAACUUUUGUGCGGUAGGGGAAACAGAUAAGAACAAAGCUGUCCUGCUGAAGCUUGGAGUGCUGGAGCCAUUGGUUGAGCUCCUUCAGUCUAGAAAUGUGGACGUCCAGUGCAAUACAUGUGGCUGUAUCACAGCUCUCACUACCACUGAUGCCAGUGUACGAACUAUUAUGAACUAUGAUGCUGUCAGGCCCCUGAUACAUCUGAUGCGUUCCCCAGAUAUACGCGUGCAGAGAAAUGCUGCAGGGGCCAUACUGAACAUAACACAUACACAGUCCAACAGGAAUGAGCUGGUGAGUCUGGGAGUCAUUCCAGUCAUUGUAGAAGUGAUGCACACAUCCGACAAUGACACACAAAACUACACUACAGCUUCACUCAGUAACCUUGCUGUCAAUCCAAAACACAGGGCCAUGAUGGUUGCUGUGGGUCAUUUUGACGUUAUAAGGCAACUUGUCAAACUGCUAUCUGCAGAGAUGGAUAGGGUCAAGUCUCAGGCAUGUUUUACACUAAGGAAUUUAGCAUUAGAAGUUGAGAACCAGUCAAUAGCAAUAGAAAGUGGUGUCCUAUCUGCCCUGCAUCACAUUCUGACUUCUGGUCGAUCUGACACACUGGCAGCAGCGGCAUCUUGUCUACGAAAUUUCUCUUCUUUCAAAUUCAAUGAGGCCUCCUUUAUGCAAGAGAACCUGAUGCCAGAUCUGUGUCAUGUAGUCUGUGAUAGUUCUCAUUCUGAAGCCCAAGCACACAUAGUAGGAACGAUACGGAAUCUUGCCACUAGUCACCACUUACAAAUAUUCCUAGAGAAUGACGGGGUGGAGGCUUUGACCUUUGUCCUUCAGGAUCUGCAUUCAACGACGGAGGUCCUGCAAGAAGUCACUGAUACUCUUUCUCUCGUCUCUGCUGAAGAUGAAGUGAAGCAGAAGCUGAUACAACUACAGGGAGGUAAAGUUUUCAGCAGGCUGGUGACCCUGGCCUCUCUAUCGCACGACAGUGAAAUACGAUACAACAGUGCCGGAACUCUAGGGCAAAUAUUCUUAAUCAGAAUACCACAAGAGUUAAAGGAGUCCAAUAAGGAGGGGAUCAUCCUGUAUGUAGACAAUUUCCUCAAGUCCCCUGAUCCCAACCAUGUACACCUUGCCUUGUGGACGCUCAGCACUCUACUUAAAGAUACGUAUUUCCUGAAAGCUUUCACUGACCACAGCAUUGAUCCUGUUAUAGACAAAAUCCGGAAUACUCAUGAAGUGAACAAGGUGCAGGAACUUGCCAUGAAUAUCCGAGACCAGCUUCACGGCAUCAUGAUUUCCUCAUCUUCCAGUGAAGACUGAGUUUUGAAUUAAUUAUGACAACAAUUAUUCAAAAUGUUUGCAGUUGUGACAAUCUUUUAAAUUAUGGAUUGUUUUUUAUCUUUUUUCAAGAAAAACGUACUAUUUUAACAUUGCAGAGUGCCCCCAUGUUAAUGUUUAGGUUGUAAUUAUCCACUCUUUCAUUGCAUCAUUCCGUCCUUGAAAACUUAAUUUCUAUAUUUGGAUGGUGUGGUUUGCAGUGUUGAUCCACUCCUAUGUUGAAUUGUUUACGUGGAGUAGGCUGUGCCAGUCCUUUUACAUAACUUUGUAUUUCAAAAAGACAUUCAUAAAAAUCAAAUAUAAUGCAAAUUACUCUAGUCCUGAAGAAUAAAGGAAGUUUAUGACAGAUGGAUAGAGAAGACUUGUAGAAAUUUGACUCCGAUUUCAUCCUUUUAAAAAAAUGUGUUUAAUAACUGCUGAAAUGUAACUAUAAGCAACAUUCUGCAAUACUUUCUCUGAAUCUCAAAUUAGCCUUUCUAUGUCACAUUUCCUCAAACUGGGAACAUGGCACUGUUUUAACAAUGGAACAUUUCAUUUACUUAAAACAGAUGUCCAUGCGCACAUUUUCAUGUUUUACAUAUUAUUUUUCAGUUUAUAAACUCUUUAAAGUUGUAGCAAUAGUUAUUGCUCUUGCAUAUCUUGGAUUUUCAUUUUAUUUCAUUCUUAAAUAUAUCUGCAUUCAGCAACUAGUGAGAGUUUGCACUCGGGCCAAUACCAGAAUUUACUCUGACAAGUGUAUUUCAUGUAGAUGUAUAUGUAUGUUAUGUUAAUUGCUCUAGUGAUUGGAUUUGAGACUUUCAGCAACUUGAAAUAGCAUUUCUAGAUUAUUUAAGAAAUGUUUUAGAUAUUUGUGUGUAGAACAUUAGAUUUAGUAUUUUUUUAGCUGUAGAUUGUGUGGAUGCUGAUACAUGGCAUUAGAUGAAAUUUUUUUAGGAUAUAUGUUUUAUUAGCCAUUAUUAGUAUUAGUGUAAUACACUGGAACAUUUCUUGUUUUUGGUAUUUUCCAUGUAUAUGUAGUCUUGUAGGUGUUAGUAGGCAAAAGUAUUUUGAAUUAAUUGCUUUUUUGCAUGAAUAAAUCCAUAAAAUGAAUGGAA